AUGACACCGUUGCGUUUCUCGUCCUCGCUUUCCGGCUCGACAGCACAGUAUGCCGCAAAUGCACCGUCGAUGGCAGACACACUACCAAGUAUCGACUUCGGAUUCAAUGACUUGCGCGAGCGCAUGGCGCAGUUCACCGCACGAUUCGAUGAAUUCAUUGAAAGUGGCCGUAAGAGGGUUUUGGAGGAGCGAAACGCGUUUCGCAUGAGCGUGGCAGAGAUGGAAGAGAGCGUGAGGCACAAAGAGCAGUCUAUUGCAGCACUCGAAGCAAAGUCAUCAACCCACGCCGACGCUAUAGCGAAAGAAGUCGCCGAGACUGAAGAGAUGCACAACAUGAUUCAACAGCUCACGCUGCAGAAGGAAGAACAUAUUGUCCGCCGCGAUGCGCUGAAAGAAGAGAUCGUCGCAGUGCAAGGUUGUAUCAAGCAGCGGCGCGAAGCGCAAACAGCACACCAGCGCUCUCUAGACGCGCAAGCCCGCAAUAACAUUCCAGAGCUGCGCUUUUGGGAGCAUGCUCUUGGCUUAAAGAUCGAAGGGACUGGAAUAGAUGACAGUCUGCGCUUCGUGUUUUUGAAUCUUGACGAGAGAGAUGGCGAGACAGAAGUCUGGUUUGAGCUGCAGAUGGGUGGGAAGGAGUACGAGAUCGGUGCAACGAAGCCAAAGCUCGAGCGGGAACGUGUGGCUGAGGUGCGCGAGAAGUUGAAUGCCUCGAGGGAGCUGGGAGGAUUUUUGAAGGGGAUGAGGAACCUCUUGGUCCAAGCGAUGCGGCUUCGAUGA